AUGGCUCCUGCUGUUGUUCCUGACACUGAUGAAUCCUAUUAUGAAAUGACAUCUCGGAUGACGACAACGACGAAGAAGCAGAGAACACUCAGAAAGACGACGCUCAAAAACAUGAGAGAUGGACCUUCAGCGAGCCUGUUGGAGCCAACCCAGAAACUCCUUGCCAUGGCAGCCGAUCAGACCAACGUCUACGGACAAGAAAAGCAUCGUAACUGGACUCACACGGGCACAUAUGAACUGAGAAGAGAUCGAGUUUCGUUUUGGCAGUACAAUAGAACAAAACGUCAUCGAUUUGGAAUCAAGCUCUUCAAGCUCUGCUCUGGUGCUGGCUACACUCAAAAGGUUUGGCGACGACCUGUGGUGAAAGCUAAGCUCACCGAGGCAGGGCUGCUUAGUCUGGGGAAAAGUCUUUUUGCCACUCCAGCACAUUCACUGCCUCAGUACCCUGCACACCGGGCUCUGCCGUCUCAGACGUUGAACGGUAUGGCGACCGGUGAGAGACGAUCAAAUCUCAGGACGUCAUUGAUUCUGGACCAAGGCGACACACGCACGACUCGCCAUGGAGGCUAUCUCAGACUGUGUACUUACAGCGCGAGAGCAGUGUCCACAGACGCUGACUUGCAUGCCCUUCUCGGAGCUGCAGAGCGUAUCAAAUUUCACGUGACUGCUCUGCAGGAGACCAACUGCAGAAGGAGCGACGUAGGACAGGUGAAUGACGGUACACUCGUCAUUUGUGGAGAGAAGGUUCCGUCGCGAAAUGUAGGCGGUGUUGGUUUUGUUAUGCACCCAUCCGUCGUCCAUCUUGUCUCACGAGAUCCUGUCACCUCGUUUGGUCAUUUUUCGCCCCCCUCCCUCUGCGCCAAAAACCCAUCAGUAUCACCAAUUGCUACUCACCAACAUCAGCAGCUGAUGAGUCCUAAUUGGACGAGUUUUACGAGGAGCCGAAGGAAGUGA